AGAAGUGAAACGGUAAGUUGGAGGUUGUGGGAAGUAAAUACCCUAAACCCCUUUUUUAUGUCAAAUUGUUUUCAUUUCAAACCCUCCCGCGAAGCAAAAUCUCCCCUUUUCUCUUUGAUUCUUCAAUUCGAAUAAGAGAAUUGGGGAUUUGGGGUUUUCGUAUCUUACUUCUCAAAAUCAUCCUCGAUUCCAUUUUCAAUUCAAUUGAUGGAGGAUACCAAUCAGCAGAGCAUCGAUCCAUUCACUUCUGUAUCAUCUUCAGGUGAAAGAGUUGUGGAGCCGCAUAAUGCUGCAGAACAGCCUAUUUCACCCAAAGAUGAAAGGAUUGGUUCUGCAAAUGCUUCUCCAGAUGCAGCAAUCCCUGGGGCUUCAAGAAAUGCUCAAGAUCACCCUGUUACCUCUGAAGGUGGAGCUAUACCCACCUUUUAUCCACUCAAUUCAUAUUCUCCUCAGGACCAAGGUCUUUACUAUGGAGGUUACGACAAUGGCACUGGAAGUUGGGUUGAACAAUCUAAUGAUGGCAACGUGAACAACUUGCAUGUUGUUCCACCAGGAAUGUUCAAUGAAAAUCCACUCUUUUUCCCUCCUGGUUAUGGCUUUGAUCCACAGAUGGCAUUUGGACAGUUCUCCCCCAUGGCUAGCCCUCUUUCUCCUUUUAUGAUAGAUGGUCAGUUAUACUCGCACCAGAUUCCAGUUUCUCCACCUUACUAUGCACCACCUGUUUCCCCUGGCUUGCCCCAUGUUACAUCAGCUCUUCCAGCUUCACAGCCUGAUCUGGUGGCACCAGGAAGCACUGGCCAUGAAAUUGAUGGCACACAUUUUGGGCCAGGAUCAGGUUACUACAUCCCUGUUGGACCGUUUGGUGGAGGUGAGCUUUCAGGAAGCAGCAACAUGGGUUUCUACAAUUACCAAGGUGAAGUUGGAUCUGGUCAAUCUUUACCUAAUCGACACCCCGUGGACUCUGGAAGAUACAUGUCUCAAAUGACAUCUGCGGGACUAUAUCCACCACCAGUUGGCAUACUUGGAUCGUAUGAGCAAAAUGCCAUGCAGGCUUCACAUCAAGGUCUUGGCUUUACACCGGGCUCCUCAUCCAGGCAGUAUUCCCAAGGCAGUCUUUAUCCUAGUGCGAACUAUGGUAGUGGGUCCAGUUCUUUGUGGGAACCUGGUCACAGAAAUUGGCUGACUCCAGACAGAGGUGGAAGACGUGAAAGGGAUCGGCAUUCUGUCAACAUUUCCACUGAAUCACUUGGUAUGGCAAGUGAACGAAACCGAGGACCAAGGGCAUUAAAGCCAAAGAGCAAGGCUUCCAUUGAGGAUAGCUCGUCUUCUGUUAUUCGUACAGAAGUUGAGUUAACUUCUAUUUUGCAGCCUGACCAGUACAAUCGGCCUGGAUUUGUCACUGAUUAUGAGCAUGCUAAAUUCUUUGUCAUCAAGUCUUUCAGUGAAGAUAAUGUUCACAAAAGUAUCAAGUAUAGCGUCUGGGCUAGCACUCCUCAGGGAAAUAGAAAGCUUGAUGCUGCUUAUGCUGAAGCAAAAGAGAUGAAUGCUAAUUGUCCGGUUUUUCUCUUUUUUUCGGUCAAUGCUAGUGGACAAUUUUGUGGGGUUGCUGAGAUGGUUGGACCUAUUGAUUUUGAGAACAACGCGGAGUACUGGCAGCAGGACCGAUGGAGUGGGAAAUUUCCUGUUAAAUGGCAUGUCAUUAAGGAUGUUCCUAACAGUCAGUUUCGUCACAUACUUCUGGAACAUAAUGACAACAAGCCAGUGACUCACAGCCGGGAUUCCCAAGAGGUUAAAUUGCCAGAGGGAUUAGAAAUGUUGAAAAUUUUCAAGAACUAUGAAGCGGAUACCUCUAUCUUGGAUGAUUUCACCUAUUAUGAUGAGAGGGAGAAGUCCUUGGUUGAAAAGAAGAGUAAACAGCGUCCUCUUCCACCGGGUAGUGCUGCAGCUGACACAAUAAGUCAACUAGCCGAUAGUCUUGCUGGCACACUUAACUUGGAAGGCAACAAGAAGUUGCCUUGAUAGAGUUUGUAGUGCACUACAUUAAGCCAGUAGCAGAUUCCAGAGGCAGGGUUUAUUGCAGUCAUUCAAUGUUUAUUUGGUUGGCCAACCAGCUGGCUCAUAUAGUUAAGAAGUUGCCUUGGAUAGAGUUUGUAGUGCGCUAGCAGAUUCCAGAAGCAGGAUUUUCUGCAGUUAUUCAAUGUUUAUUUGGUUGGGCAACCAACUGGCUCAUAUAGAUAAGGAGAUAGCUAACGCCUAACAGCGUUUUGGGAGGUGGCCUUUUCAUCACCUUCGGAUCAGAAAACUCUCUUUCCUUCAUUUGUCAGUUGUUCAAUUAGUUGUUAUUUGCGGUUCUUGGGCAAGGAUAGAGCAGCCAAUAGUGUUAGUGCUUAACUGUUUUCCCAUUAUCUCUUCGUUGUUUCUAUAAAGUAGGUGAUGGCAUGCAAUACAAGAAGCCAUCCGACAUUUGGAAAUUUGUGGACCUCUCCAGGCUGAUGUCGUAUUGUACUCUAGCUCUUCUUAGUUUCAGGAGGUACCCAGGGCUGCUUUGUUAUUGCUGUAGAAUUGCCAAAAUGGGUGAUAAUUGGCAGGAUGCUGCAACAUGUUUACAGAAAUCAAACAACUUUUAUAUUGAGCCUGUAUUUCAUUAUCAACUCAAAUAAUGUCUGGCUUUGAUAGUCAGAUUAUUU